AUGGACACGGCGGCGAGCGGCGCCGCCGCCGCUGCGCGGGCGAGGAGGAGCAGGGAGACGAGCCCUGACAGAGCUCGCGCCGCCCCUUCUGCCAAGCCGAGGCCCCUCCGUAAGGUUCAGAUCGUCUACUACCUCUGCCGCAACGGGCAGCUGGAGCACCCACACUUCAUGGAGGUCGCCCACCAUUCCAGCCAGCAGCUCCGCCUGAAAGGUCCUCUCCGCCGCCGCCGCCGCCGCUGCCCUCCUCCGGCGACCUUCUUUUCCAUGGUUUCUCUGGUCCUCACCUUCGAGUUUUUUUUGAUGUGACAGCAGAUGUGAUGGACAGGCUGACCUUCCUGCGGGGAAAGGGGAUGCCGUCUCUCUUCUCCUGGUCCUGCAAGAGGUAUGUAUGUAUGGGGAGCCAGAACCAGAGCUCCCGAGUCCACCUCUCUUGGCGGCGCUGAGCUGAAGGAAUUCUUCUGAGCGCAGGAGCUACAAGAAUGGCUUUGUGUGGAACGACCUCGCCGAGAAUGACGUCAUCCAGCCGGCCGACGGUGCCGCCGAGUACAUCCUCAAGGGCUCCGAGAUCAUCGAAGGCUGCUCUGGUUAGCCUCUCUCUCUCUCUCUCUCUCUCUCUCUCUCUCUCUCUCUCUCUCUCUUCUCUUCUCUUUCUAGCUUUUCUCACCAGCUUUUGUUUGGCAGAAGGGUUCCGGCGGCUCCAGGUCGGCGGCGGUAACCGGGGGAAGCUCCUCCGCGGCGGAGAACCAGAGGAGGAUGUCGGAGAGGAAGCAGACGAAGAGGAGACUGAGGAGGAGAAGCCAUGGCGGAGCCAGCAGAGGAGUGCAAGAUUCUCGCGAGCUCGCCACAGUGAGCUCGUUCUCGACGACGACGCCUCCCCGCCGUCGUCCUCUUCCUCGGAGAAGGCCCACCCUCCCGUCGUCGCUCUCCGGCGAGCCAAGGGAGCGACCGCCAGCGUGCCGGCGAGGUACGACGACGCCUACCCGGCGGAGGAGCCGCCUCCGGCGCAACAGCAGCAGCCGCGUAGUUCGGUCCUUCUCCAGCUCAUCGCCUGCGGCUCCUCCGUCGUGGGGAAGGGUCGGGCGGCGCCGCCGAGGACGGCGGCGCCUGCUCCGGCCUCGGGUGGCCACUGCAGCUCCGGCAGGAAGAGCGCGGCGGCGCUUCACAGGGAGGUUCUCUGCAAAGCGGCGGCGGCGGCGGCCGUGGAGGAAGAGGAUGCGGAGGACAUCAGCCAGAUGCCCUUGAAUCCUAAUCCUCGGAGGGAGGAGAAGGAGUACUUCAGCGGGAGCAUUGUCGACUCGUUGGCUGAGAUGAGCCGGGCCGCCGCCGGCCCCUGCCUGAAGAAAUCUUCUUCCUACAACGAAGAGAGGUGAGAGAGAUCUCCGUAAUUCUGGGAAGUCAAACCCUCCCAUAUUUCGUAUCCACUGACGUAGUUGUUUCUGAGACUUCGCAGGAGUGCCAAAUGCGGCCUGGGGGGAGUCUAUGAGGCGGCGGCGACGGCGUCGGCGGCUGAGGAGAGGGGGCAAAGGAGCGGCGCUGGCAAGUGCAUUCCUGGCGGAAGGAAGAGGAUCGCCGGAGACGGCGGCGGCGGUAAGCAGUAG